CAAGGAAUGGACCAAUCAGAGAGCGCGGUGGGGCGUUAUUCUGCUGCCAUACGGGCCUUUAUAAACUUUGUCUACCUCGACCCAGGAGUUAUUUUCUCCUCCUUCGUCUCCAACAAUACAUAGGAAGCAACAAUGCUGCCUCUAGCAGUGUUAGCCGUGUGCCUGAGUGCAGCCCUCUCAGCCCCCAGCCUGGACCCACAGCUGGACGACCACUGGGACCUGUGGAAGAGCUGGCAUACAAAGAAGUAUCAUGAGAAGGAGGAGGGCUGGAGGAGAAUGGUGUGGGAGAAGAACCUGAAGAAGAUUGAGCUGCACAACCUGGAGCACUCCAUGGGCAAACACACCUACCGUCUGGGCAUGAACCACUUUGGAGACAUGACUCACGAGGAGUUCAGGCAGCUCAUGAACGGCUACAAGCUCAAAGCAGCGAGGAAGUUCAGUGGGUCUCUGUUCAUGGAGCCCAACUUCCUGGAGGCCCCCCGUUCUGUGGACUGGAGGGAUAACGGCUACGUCACUCCCGUUAAGGACCAGGGUCAGUGUGGCUCUUGCUGGGCCUUCAGCACCACCGGAGCUCUGGAGGGUCAGCACUUCAGGAAGAGCGGCAAACUGGUGUCGCUGAGUGAGCAGAACCUGGUGGACUGCUCCAGGCCCGAGGGCAAUGAGGGUUGCAACGGAGGUCUGAUGGACCAGGCCUUCCAGUACGUGAAGGACAACCAGGGCCUGGACUCUGAGGACUCUUAUCCUUACCUGGGAACAGAUGACCAGCCAUGUCACUACGACCCCAACUAUAACUCUGCCAACGACACUGGAUUCGUCGACAUCCCCAGCGGCAAGGAGCACGCUCUGAUGAAGGCAGUGGCCGCCGUGGGACCCGUCUCAGUUGCCAUUGAUGCCGGGCACGAAUCCUUCCAGUUCUACCAGUCAGGAAUCUACUAUGAGAAGGAGUGCAGCAGCGAGGAGCUGGACCAUGGUGUGCUGGUGGUCGGUUAUGGCUUCGAGGGACAGGAUGUGGACGGCAAGAAAUACUGGAUUGUGAAGAACAGCUGGAGUGAAAAGUGGGGCGACAAAGGCUACAUCUACAUGGCUAAAGACAGAAAGAACCACUGUGGAAUUGCGACAGCAGCCAGUUAUCCUCUCGUCUAACUUUUGCACAGUUCCACUAGUUAGCACCAUAGUGUUUUUUUAUUGCAAUAGUUCGGCUGAAGAGGAGGAACGAGGCUUCGUUCAGCGCGACACGUUGAGAGGAGAUUCUGUGAUGUCUGAGAAAAACACUGUUGUUUUUAGGGAAAUGGCGCCAUUUUGUUUUGGCUGGUUGUAUGCCACUUUAUGAAAAGAUUUUAGUUUUAGUGUGUUUUAUUCCUUGUAAAUAUAUGUAUGCUACUUGGUAAGUGAUAUGUUAACACUUGCUUCGGUCAUUGUAAAUGAUUUUUUUUCUACUUUUACUGUGAUCAAUUAAAGUUGUGAAACACUA